CGGCUGGCGGCUCGGGCUCCGAGACUCGGUUCUGGAGAGGGAGUUGCGCGUGGGCAGCAGCCUCUGAAGCCCGGUCGGGCUAAGAGGAACCCCGAGCCCAGAGAGGCUGAAUUGAGAGCAUGGGUCCAGACCAGGAUUCUGCGCCCUGCCGGGCCCUGUGGCGGUGGCUGCUGCUGGGGACGAUGACAGUGGUGUUCUUGGCCCCAAGCACCUUGGCGGGUGUGAAGAAGUUCGAUGGGCCGUGUGGAGGAAGAGACUGCAGCAGCGGGGGUUGUCAGUGCUACCCUGAGAAAGGCGGCCGCGGUCAGCCAGGGCCAGUCGGCCCCCAGGGAUACAACGGGCCCUCCGGAUUACAAGGUUUCCCAGGCCUGCAGGGUCGCAAAGGUGACAAAGGGGAAAGGGGACCUCCAGGAAUAACAGGCCCCAAAGGAGACGUGGGAGCAAGAGGUGUUUCUGGAUUUCCUGGUGCUGAUGGAAUUCCCGGACAUCCAGGGCAAGGUGGGCCCAGAGGAAGGCCUGGUUACGAUGGCUGCAAUGGGACCAGGGGAGACGCAGGUCCACCAGGUACCCCAGGCUCCGAGGGAAUUCCCGGCUACCCUGGACCUCAAGGACCCAAAGGACAGAAAGGCGAACCUUAUGCAUUAUCCCAAGAGGACCGAGACAAAUACAGGGGUGAAACUGGAGAGCCUGGAUUGGUUGGGUACCAGGGGCCUCCUGGUCGCCCUGGGAGUGUGGGACCAAUGGGUCCAGUUGGAGCUCCAGGAAGACCAGGACCACCCGGACCCCCUGGACCGAAAGGAGAGCAAGGCAACCGAGGACUUGGUUUUUAUGGAGAAAAAGGUGAAAAGGGUGACAUCGGAGAGCCAGGACCCAAUGGAAUCCCAUCCGAUAAUGACGGUGCCAGCACUGGGCCCAAGAAGGACGUGAUUCACCCAGAACAAUACAAGGGUGAAAAAGGGAGUGAGGGAGAACCAGGAAGAAAAGGCAUUUCCUACAAGGGAGAAGAAGGAGUCAUGGGCUUCCCAGGACUGCGGGGUUCCGCUGGCUUCGAUGGAGAAAUUGGAUUCCCAGGGCAAAAGGGAAUUAGAGGACCAGAUGGUUACCAAGGGUACGAUGGACCGAAAGGAGCCAAGGGACAAGAGGGUGACCAAGGCCCUCAGGGACCACCUGUCUACUCUCCUCACCCUUCUCUGGCUAAAGGUACCAAAGGUGAACCAGGAUUCUCAGGAGAUGAUGGGGAACCAGGAUUUCGGGGUGAGCCAGGAGACCCCGGCCCACCAGGUCACCCUGGCAUAACCAUCGGAGGUGAAGAUGAGAAGAGAGGCUUACCAGGAGAAAUGGGGCCCAAAGGCUUCACAGGAGAACCAGGCACCGAUGCUGUGUUCCCUGGAGCACCAGGAAUUGAUGGAAAGCCAGGGCUCCAAGGACCCCCAGGACCGCCUGGGCGACCUGGACCAGAUGGUUUCCUGUUUGGACUUAAAGGAGGAACGGGCGCGGUGGGCUACCCAGGCCCUUCCGGUUCCCCUGGGAUUCGGGGAGCAAAAGGAUGGAAAGGUGACGCAGGCGACUGUGCAUGUGAUGGCCAGUUUACGCCGGCUCUUCCAGGGCUGCCAGGAUCCAAGGGCUUUCCAGGGAUCAACGGAGAGCCAGGGAGGAAAGGGGAGCCAGGCGAUCCGGGUCACCAUGGCAUUCCUGGCUUCCCGGGUUUCAAGGGAGCUCCUGGUAACAUUGGACUUCCUGGGCCCAAAGGAAUAAAGGGAGAUUCUAGAACGAUUACGACCAAAGGUGACAGGGGACAACCAGGUGUCCCAGGUGUUCCUGGAAUGAAAGGUGAUGACGGUGUCUCUGGGCAUGAUGGGCUCGAUGGAUUUCCAGGUCUGCCAGGCCCUCCUGGUGAUGGCAUCAAAGGGCCUCAAGGGGAUGCAGGUUAUCCGGGAGAGAAUGGCAUGAAGGGAAUUCAAGGAGAAAUGGGCCCCCCAGGCUUAGGCUUACCAGGCCUGAAAGGUGAACGUGGUUAUCCGGGAGACAUUGGAAUUCCUGGACCACCAGGCUUCCCCGGGCCUUCUGGGACCCCAGGCAGUCCAGGACAAUUAGAUUGUGAGACAGAUGUGAAAAGACCCAUUGGAGGCACCGGACAGGGCGCCGUCUUGCCAGGUUGUAUUGGAGGGCCCAAGGGAGCCCCAGGCUUGCCGGGACCACAAGGCCCCACAGGUGCCAAAGGCAACAGAGGAAUGCCAGGAUUCUCAGGUCCCGAUGGAGAUCCAGGGCUCAAGGGUUUCCCAGGUGAUCCAGGUCGUGAAGGGUUCCCAGGCCCACAAGGGUUCGUGGGACCUCGAGGAUCCAAAGGUGCUGCAGGAUUCCCUGGGCAAGAUGGACAGCCAGGCCCCAUAGGGCUGCCAGGGCCACACGGACCCGCGGGCGAAAGGGGACUUCCUGGAGAAGUCCUGGGAGCGCAGCCCGGGCCCCGGGGGAACGCUGGACUGCCUGGACACGUGGGGCUGAAGGGCCAACCUGGACAGAGGGGCCCUCCUGGGUUCAGAGGAAGCCAGGGGAUGCCUGGCAUGCCAGGCUUGAAGGGACAGCCAGGGUUCCCAGGACCUUCAGGCCAGACAGGACUGCCUGGCCCUCCCGGGCAGCACGGAUUUCCAGGAGCUCCCGGCCAAGAAGGGCCCUUUGGACUGCCAGGCGCCCCGGGCCAUGGAGGUCUGGCCGGUGACAGAGGGGACCCAGGAGAUGCAGGCGCCCCUGGCCCUGUGGGCAUGAAAGGAUUCUCUGGUGACAGAGGGGAUGCUGGCUCCUCCGGUGAUAGAGGGCAUCCAGGAAACCCUGGGUUCAAAGGCAUGAGCGGAAUGCCUGGUAUUCCAGGGCCAAAAGGUGGCAAAGGUUCCCCCGGGAUGGGCGGCUUCCAAGGCAUGCUUGGACUGAAAGGAAGACCCGGGCAUCCGGGAAGCAAAGGAGAGCCGGGGUAUUUGGGGAUUCCUGGUGCAAAAGGUCUGGCUGGCACACCAGGUGUGAAAGGCAACCGCGGGGAACCCGGCCCUCCAGGCCCACCUCCCCUCAUCCUGCCAGGCAUGAAAGACAUUAAAGGCGAAAAGGGAGAAGAAGGACCUAUGGGUUUGAAAGGAUACUUCGGUACAAAAGGCUUUCAAGGAAUGCCAGGCGUCCCUGGGCAGUCAGGCAUUCCGGGGUUACCUGGGAUGCCCGGCUACAUCAAAGGAACAAAAGGAGACAUCGGGGUCCCUGGCGUGCCCGGUUUUCCAGGAUUCCCUGGUGUGGCUGGCCCCCCAGGAAUUAUAGGAUUCCCAGGGUUCACUGGGAGUCGGGGUGACAAGGGUGCUCCAGGGAGAGCCGGCCUCUAUGGGGAGAUUGGACAGACUGGUGACUUAGGUGAUAUUGGAGAGACUAUUAAUUUACGAGGAAGCGCAGGCCUGAAGGGAGAACGUGGCAGCACAGGAAUCCCAGGUCAAAAGGGAGUCUUUGGCGAGAAGGGAACAGAGGGCAACCUUGGCUUCCCUGGAAUAACAGGCAUGAAAGGAGCCCAGGGUUCUCCCGGACUUAAAGGACAAACAGGCUUUCCAGGGUUAACAGGACUACAGGGACCACAGGGGGAACCAGGACGGAUCGGACUGCCUGGAGACAAAGGAGAUUAUGGUUGGCAAGGGACGCCGGGUUUGCCAGGUUUUCCGGGCAUCCGAGGAAUCAGUGGAUUGCACGGCCUACCUGGCACCAAAGGCUUUCCAGGAUCCCCAGGUACAGACCUCAGUGGGAACCCAGGCUUCCCAGGCACCACUGGGGAUAGAGGCGAGCCAGGAGAGCCCAAUACCGUCCCAGGCCCCGCAGGGCUGCCGGGAGAAAAAGGGGAGCAAGGCAUACCAGGUGAACGCGGCCCAGCCGGGAGCCCAGGGCUGCAAGGAUUCCCGGGCAUCACUCCCGCUUCCAAUAUCUCUGGGUUACCCGGUGACCAAGGAUCACCAGGGAUAUUUGGCCUGCAAGGUUACCAAGGGCCCCAAGGACCACCCGGACCUGCUGCUCUUCCGGGAAGCAAAGGCGAUUCGGGCAAUCCCGGACUUCUGGGAAACCCAGGGACCAAAGGAUGGGUGGGAGACUCUGGACCACAAGGCAGACCUGGCGUGUUUGGUCUCCCGGGAGAAAAAGGAUCCAGAGGAGACCAAGGCUUCAUGGGAAACACGGGUGCAACAGGAAAUGUGGGAGACAGAGGCCCCCAAGGGCCCAAAGGAGAGAGAGGAACCCCUGGGGCCCCUGGAUCUUUAGGGUCGCCAGGGAUUGCGGGAAUCCCCCAGAGGAUUGCAGUUGAACCGGGUACGUCGGGCCCCCAUGGAAGGAGAGGUCCAGCCGGUGCACAGGGAGAAAUGGGGCCUCAGGGCCCCCCAGGAGAACCAGGUUUCCGCGGAGCACCAGGGAAGUCUGGAGCCCAGGGAAGGGGUGGUGUGUCUGCUGAGCCAGGAUUCCGAGGGGACCAAGGACCCAUGGGUCACCAAGGGCCGAUUGGCAAUAUCGGCGAGCCUGGCCGUCAGGGGAGCCCGGGCCUGCCCGGCAUGCCUGGCCGCAGCGUCAGCAUCGGCUACCUGCUGGUGAAGCACAGCCAGACCGACCAGGAGCCCAUGUGCCCCGUGGGCAUGAACAAGCUCUGGAGCGGAUACAGCCUGCUGUACUUUGAAGGGCAGGAGAAAGCCCACAACCAGGAUCUGGGACUGGCAGGCUCUUGCCUGGCACGCUUCAGCACCAUGCCUUUCCUAUAUUGCAACCCGGGCGACGUCUGCUACUACGCCAGCCGGAAUGACAAGUCCUAUUGGCUCUCCACCACGGCACCGCUCCCUAUGAUGCCUGUGGCCGAAGACGAGAUCAAGCCCUACAUCAGCCGCUGCUCGGUGUGCGAGGCUCCGGCUGUCGCCAUUGCGGUCCACAGUCAAGAUGUCUCCAUCCCCCACUGCCCAGCCGGGUGGCGGAGUUUGUGGAUCGGCUACUCCUUCCUCAUGCACACAGCAGCCGGGGAUGAAGGUGGUGGACAGUCCCUCGUGUCGCCGGGCAGUUGUCUGGAGGACUUCCGGGCCACGCCUUUCAUCGAAUGCAACGGAGGCCGCGGGACCUGCCACUACUAUGCCAACAAGUACAGCUUCUGGCUCACCACCAUCCCCGAGCAGAACUUCCAGGGCUCGCCCUCCGCGGACACGCUCAAGGCCGGCCUCAUCCGGACGCACAUCAGCCGCUGCCAGGUGUGCAUGAAGAACCUGUGAUGCCCGCCGGCCACGCCUCUCUGCCACGUGCCGCGCGCAGGGAGGGCCCAUUUUGGUGCUUACUCUUAACUUCAUACCUCAGAUGCUGACGCCCAAAUCCAUUUGUUCUUCUCUUUUUCUUCUGAAAAUAAAAUCUACCAAAGGAA